UUCACCUGCUUUUCCUGUUUGCCCUGUAGACUCCAGUUCUUUUUAAUCCCAGACGUGGGAAGUUAUUUCAAGUUUAAAACCACACGGAAAUGUUUUUUUGGUCUGGGCUUUCUCUCCCCCCCCUCUUUUUUUUUUCUUUUUGACAAGUCAGAAAAUUGUGAAGUGAGCAGGAGAGAGCGAGUGAGAGGGAGAAGACGCUUUCAUUCUUUUCGUGCAAUGGACUGAGGCAAAAAGGCCAUUAUAAUGGUAAAUCACACACAGAAAGGAAGAAAAGACUGAUAAUCAAUCACAAAUGAAGCAUUCGUUCGGAUUUUGGCAAUUUACUGGCCAGUGGUUAUAAACCUACAUAGUUUUUUCUUUUGUCCAAUUUACGUAAAACACGCAGGUUUGAAAUAGCAAGGGCAGGAAGAAUAAUUUUCAGAAAGGUAUCCUGCCAAGGAAUAUUUAGGAUGGGAAAGACACAAUACUGAAAUGCCAGCAAGGACUCAGUGAGUUCUGAAGAAAAAGCAACAUGCUGAAAUGCUGGCAUGAAGACUUUUCAACACAGGACCCUGGACUUCAACUCAGAAGAGAAACUUGCUGUGUCAGAAGCCUCUCCCCAGACAGCCCAGCGUUUCACAUGCUUAAGGAUGACUCGUAGUGGACUUGGGGGGAGUUCAACUCAUUCUUCCGUGAUUGCUUCAGUGGGAUUUGUGGCUGAAUGAGUAUGUGAUGAUAAACAUGAGGAUGCUAGACAAUACUGCCACUGGCAUAGCCUCUUCAGAAUCCAGCAUAACCCAUAAAGAAAGAUACAUUUAUCUGGAGGUGUUGCUUCAAGGAGGAGCUCCAUGGGGAUUCACUCUGAAAGGCGGACUGGAGCAUGGGGAACCAUUAAUCAUCUCCAAGGUUGAAGAAGGGGGGAAAGCGGACUCGCUGCAGGCUGGUGAUGAGGUGGUGAACAUCAAUGAGGUGGAGCUGAGCAGUUCCAGGCGGGAGGCCAUCUCACUGGUGAAGGGGUCCUACAAGACACUGAAGCUGGUCAUCCGCAGGUAG